AUGUCAGAUUCGGAGGAUCCCCUCGAUGCCAUUGACGAGGGCGGCGACGACCUUUUUGGAGAUGAGGGUGACGAAGGAGAUGCCUCGCCCCAGGCGCGCAUUCUAGACGAUGAUGACCUCGCCUCAGACCCCGAAGCUUACGGUGAGGCUGAGCCACGAGACUACGAUGGGAGCCAGUCGCGACACGAAACAAAGGAUAGAAUCGUUAUGGCCGUUCAAGCCUAUCGCCAUCGUGUCCCUAAACCAUCUGAUGACGCGCUUCGGAUACUGCGCGUCCCAAAAUUCGUCAAAUUCUUGCCCGAGCCAUACGAAGAAGAAACAUUCCGGCCAUCUGAAUUCGAUCUUGAGAACGCCAAGGCGGAAAACCCAAAACACGUUGUGCGGGUUCGUAGGGAUGCCACCACAAACGAGUUAAAGAGCAAUACAAAUAUUUACCGGUGGAGCGAUGGGUCUGUUACAAUUUCCAUUGGCGGUGAGCAAUAUGAAAUUCAGAAGAAGGCGCUGGCUCCGGGCAAAGGACAGCCUUACGAUGAACUAAAAGACGGUCAUUACUACGCUGCGGCUGCUGAGUUGAGCAGCAAUCUGCUAAUGACGGUGGGCCACUUGACAGAACAGUACACUGUCAGACCAAACAAGGCUGUUGGAGACAAUGCCCUGUCUGUCUUGGCAGAGAGAAUGGCUUUGGCUAGCAAGUCAUCUGCUAGUAGUGGCAUGAUUAUCAAAACGACCGUGGACCCUGAGUUACAGAAGAAGCAAGCCGAGUUGGCAGAGAAGGAGCGGAUGAAGGCCCAGCGAAAGCGUGAGAAUGCCGUAGCCAAAAUAGACGGAGGGCUGGGGCGAUCCGGCCGUGGCGGCCUGUCGAUUGGCGGUCUGGAGGGCGCUCGUUCUGGUGCAGCCCGGAAGAGAGGAGCACCUGGCUCUGCGCGGGCCAAGAGACGGCGUCCAGAAUAUGAUUCUGACGAUGACCUCCCUCAGGGAGUCUCGCGACAUGAAGACUACGACUUGGAUGAUGGCUUUCUGGUGGGCAGCGAUGAGGAGAUUGAGAGUGGCGCUGAAGACGACGAAGAGGAGGACAUCUUGGACGAUGACGACGAAGAUGAAGCACCUCGAUCUAAAAGACAACGAACCAAAGAACCCGAAGACGACGAGGAUGCGGAGGGAGAUGAGGUGGAGCCGAUGGAGGCGUCUGGCAGGUCGGGCAGGCGGCGAAAUGUUAUUGACGACGACGAUGACUGA